AUGGAUCAAACUCAGCAUAAUAUUAUGGGGGGAAGUAGUGAUCAGAACAAAUACGAUAGGGAUUUCCCAAAAAUCUCUAUGAAUUAUGAUAAGCAAGCUCCUUCAGCUCGAAAUAACCGCCAGCCUACUCCUAAUAAAAAAGUGAUUGUACCUAACAAUGCUAAAGGAGCUAUGAACAACAUUAUGGAAAAACUACCUGAACCUACUCCAUACACUGUGCAUCAGAGGAAAGAACAGGCUAAAAAUGGUAAUAACAAGAAACAAAGAAAUGGGAAUGAUAAGGAAAAACAACAAAGAGAGAAAAAUCAUAAGAAUAACACUGGAAAAACUCCUAUGGGAAAAGGCAAAGGGAAACAGAUAGAGGCUAAUACUCAUGAAAGCACUCCUAAGAGAAAAAAUAAGCCUAGUAAACAAAAGAGGGAUGCAGCUAAAAGGAGGAAGAGUAAACAACAAGAAACUGAGUAUCAGCAAGAACAAGAAAAAAGGGAAGAACCAUGUAACAAUCGGGCCAAUGGUAACCACAUGAUGCAUGAUCAUCCUAUACAAGAGGAAGACAGAACUCCCUCAAAAACUGAACCACCUGAUAGGAGGGAACAACCUUGUCAAGUGAAUAAUGUUCCAUUGAUAGAUGAAUAUGCUGUGGAAAAUUAUAAAGAUCAGUUAGAUAGGGACAACCAAUCAAUAUAUGAUCCGGAUGAUGAUGAGGAGACUAGUGAAGCUCUAAUCAAGUCUUUUAGUCCUUCUAAUGACUAA